AUGGACGUCGUCGUGGAUGACAAACCCGUCAAGGACAUGAAAGCAGCGGCGGCACGUCCCGCACGGCCACGAUGGCUGGUGCCCGUUGCAGCGGGUGCCGCCGUCCUGCUCGCCAUCGGCGUAGCCCUGGCCAUUGCGCUGCCAAUCUCGCUGCGCCGCGCCCGGCUGUCCCGCGGCUACGAGUCCCUCGCUGACGCGCGCGGCGAGCUCGAUGCGAGGCUGCCACCGGGUGUUGAGCGGACGUACUAUCUGGCGGCUGACCCCAUUGACUGGGACUAUGCGCCCAGCGGCCGCAACCUGUGCAAGGGCAAGGAGUUUGGAGAGGAGGAGGAGCUGUACAUCUCGAAGGGCGUGGGCCGCAAGUUCAAAAAGGCGGUGUUCCGGGAGUACACGGACGACACGUUCAAGACCCUGGUGAAGCGGACGAUGGCGCAGCAGCACAUGGGUAUCCUUGGCCCCGCGCUGCAUGCUCAGGCGGGCGACACGAUUGUGGUGGUUUUGAAGAACAAUGUGGACUUCCCAGUCAACGCUGAGUCAGGCGGCCUGCAGGCAGCAGUGGCCGCCGAGACCGCCCCCGGGGACGUGACCACGUACAAGUGGCGCGUCCCCGAGUCGGCAGGCCCGGGUGCGGACGGCCCCUCUUCUCGUUUCUACCUGUACCGCUCCACCGUAGACGUCGUGGCCGAUACGCAGGCCGGCCUAGUGGGGCCCAUCGUCAUCGCGCGGCGCGGCGCGCUUGGCAAGGACGGCCGCAGCGUUGCUGACGUGUUCAACGAGAACAACAGCCCCUUCAUCCAAGACAACCUGAAGACCGCCCCCAAGGCGAACUUGGCCGCCCUUUCCGAGGACGACCUGCUGGAGGCCAACACAAAGUACUCCAUCAAUGGCUACUUGUGGUGCAACGACCCGGGGAUGAACUUCACGGUCGGAGAGAAGGUGCGUUGGUACGUGACGUCACUGGGGUCUGAGGACGCCAUCCACACUGCCCAUUGGCACGGCGUGGUGUUCAACGACUCAAAGGGCCACCACGUGGACCAGGUCCCCAUCCAGUCGAGCUCCACCGAGGUCCUGGAUAUGCUGGCCGACAACCCGGGCACCUGGCUGUUCCACUGCCACCUCAACGACCACAUGGAUGGCGGCAUGAUGGCGUUGUUCCACAUCAAGGGCACAGCCCCGACCAUUACCCUCGACGGCAAGGUCCGGACCUACUUCAUUGGAGUGGUCGCAGAGGAGUGGGACUACGCCCCAUUCAAUGGCGAGAUGUGUGGCGGCACCCUGGUCCCGUUCUCUGAUGCGGCCAAGGUGUUUGUGCAGCCCGCCGCCGGCCGCAUCGGCCGCAAGUAUCUCAAGGCCCGAUACGUCGAGUUCACAGACGACACAUUCACACGUCGCAAGCGCAUCGCCCCUGAGUGGGAGCACGUGGGCGUGAUGGGGCCCGUGCUGCGCGCCGUCGUGGGUGACACGCUCAAGGUGACCCUCAAGAACAUGCUGCCCGCCGGGGGCGCGUCGGUGUCGCUGCACCCCCACGGCGUGCUGUACGACAAGAGUUCGGAGGGCUCGCCCUACGCAGACGGCCUGCCCCUCGCCCCUGGCGACAAGGUGGCCCCCAACAAGACCGUCGUCUACACUUGGAAGGUCCCCGAUCGCUCCGGCCCUGGUGUUGGUGACUUCAGCAGUGUCAUGUGGAUGUACCACAGCCACGUGAUGGAGAGCCGCGACCCCCACGCGGGGCUGUUUGGGGCUAUCCUCGUCACCUCCAAGGCCCUCGCCAACGACGACGCAUCCCCCAAGGACGUGGACAGGGAGUUCAUCCUGUCGUUCUCCAUCCUGGACGAGAGCCACUCCUUCAUGCUGCAGCAGAACCUCAAGAAGUACCUGCCAAAGGUCGCGGCCAGCGAGAACGCCACUGCCACCCUGCUGGAGGACCCGGGAUUCGUCGAGGCCAACCUCAAGCACACGGUCAACGGGUACAUCUACUGCAACCUGCCUGGCCUGGAGUUCUCGCAAGCGGUUCCGACCCGCCUCUACUUCCUGUCGCUCGGGGGCUCGGGUGACAUGCACACGCCCAACAGUGUGGAGGGCGGCCUCUACCUCGACGGCCAACGCCGCCAAGCCCUCAAGCUCCUGCCGGGUGCCAUGUUCACCACCGACGUGACGCCCAUGGUCCCUGGCCAUGGCCUGCUGCAGUGCGCGAUCUACGACCACAUGAGCGCGGGCAUGAGCGCCAUCUACAAGGUCAACCAGACGGUCAAGAUCACUGCGCCGGCCGACGCCCCCAUCCGCACCUACUACAUCGCCGCCGAGGUUGUCGACUGGGACUAUACCCCCCUGAAAAAAGACGGCUGCAGCGGGCAGCCCUUCAAUGACGACCAGAAGGUGUUUGUCGAGACCACCGAGGGCACCCUGGGCAGCGAGUACCGCAAGGCAGUGUUCCGCGGCUACACCGACGCCACCUUCAAGACCCCCGCCCCGCGCGACGAGCUGUUCGGCAUCCUCGGACCCACGAUCAGGGCCGAAGCUGGGGACAAGAUCGUGGUGCACUUUCUUAACCGGCUGCCAUUCAAUGCCAGCGUGCAGCUGUACGGCGGCCUCAUUCCUGUGGGCAACACCAGCGCCUACCAGAUCAACACCGCCGAAGCCGAGGCCGCCACGCCCGCCGCCGGACGCCGCCUGCUCGCCCGCGGCGCGCGCCGCUCGCUGGCCCAGAUCACGGCCGCGCAGGCCGAGGCUGAGGCGGUAAUUGCCCAGUCGGUCGAGAACCUCUACUCCCUGGGCGCUGUGGCGCCGGAUGCGUCGGUGCGCUACGAGUGGUACGUGCCCGACGCUGCGGCCCCCGGCCCGUCCGACGGCGACGCCGUGGCGUACGCCUAUGUGUCAGGGGUCGACCAGAUCAAGCACACCAACGCGGGGCUGGUCGGGGCCGUCGUGAUCUACGAGAAGGGCGGCCUUGGGAAGGACGGCGGCAACGCGACCCACGGCGGCGGCGGCGUGCGGGAGCUGCCGGUGUUCUUCAACAUCCAGAACGAGAUGCAGUCGGAGUUUUUCGAGUACAACCUGGCGAAGCAGACGAACGAGACCAAGAUCAAGAUCAACAAGCUGGCCACCACGUUCCCUGAGUCCAACCUAAUGCACUCCAUCAACGGCUUUGUCUACUGCAACGGCCCCACACUCAACCUGACGCGCGACGAGACGCUGCGCGUGAUUGUGAUGGGCUUUGGCAGCGAGGUGGACAUGCACUCGGCCGUCUUCCAGGGGCAGAUCAUCAGCAAGCAGGGCGCCAGCCUGUACUCCAUCGGCCUCAUGCCGGCCACCACAUACGUGGUCUCCCUCACCGCCGGCGACUCCGGGAAGUGGGAGAUCUACUGCAACAUCCUCGACCACAUUGGCGCCGGCAUGAGGGCCAAGAUGCUCGUCGCUUGA